UUUAAUUUGCUUCUCAAACACCUCGAACUCACGUGUCAGAAAACUGAUAGCUUUCAACAACGACAUAUACAGCCUCUGAUCUAUCUUUCUUCUCGGAAAAAGUUCAUCACCGCAAACAUGAAGUUUGAGCGCAUGCCCAUUGAGAUCGAGUCACCUGAGGAGUAUGGCUAUGACAAGAUCAAGUAUAACCUCUCCGAGAGCUCCAUCACCGACCAGACCCUCAAGUCUCUGAACCUCGAAAUCCCGAACCUCACCCUUCUGUAUAACGAACACCGUGGUGAGACCGAACUGCGGAAGUUCAUCGCUGACGACGCCAACGUGAGCGCUGACGACGUCCUUAUCACUUCAGGCGCCGCUGGGGCCUUGUUCAUCAUCACCACUUCGCAGCUCGGGAAUACACCUGCAUCGGAGCGCAAUCAUCUUGUUGUGGUGCGCCCCAACUACGCAACCAAUUUGGAAACGCCCAAGGCUAACGGCUUCCAGCCUAACAUCGACGAGAUUGAGGCCUUCAUCAAGUCCAAUACCCGGCUCGUCUCUGUGACAUGCCCUCAUAACCCCACCGGCUCUACUCUCUCUCGGGAGGCACUUGAUUGUCUUGUUGCUAUUACCAAGAAAAAGGGUGUUCUACUGCUUGUCGACGAGACGUAUCGGGAUAUCGCUUUUGGCGAGAAACUUCCUGUCGCGGCCUCUUUGGGCGAUCAUGUUCUGAGUGUUAGCUCAUUGUCCAAAUCUUUUGGCAUUCCUGGCGUCCGUAUCGGCUGGCUCAUCGCCACGAACAAGAAACUUCAAGAAACCUUCCUAGCUGCGAAGGAACAGAUCAGUAUUAGCGGCAGUGUCAUCAAUGAGUGGAUAGCGAUAAAUGUCCUCUCGCGACGCCAGCAGAUCCUGGCCGAAACAACAGAUGAGAUGAAGAUCCGGCUUCAGAUGGUCGAGUCAUGGAUCGAAAGUGAGGAGCUGCUGGAAUGGGUCAAGCCGACCGGUGGCGUUGUCUGUUUCCCUAGGAUUAAGAAGGAGCCCAAGGGGGGACUGCCGGCAUUCUACGAGAGGCUUCUUAAGAAACAUUCCACCUAUGUUGGCCCUGGCCAUUGGUUUGAGCUGUCUGAUAGCUUUUUCCGACUUGGCUAUGGAUGGCCCUCACGUGCAGACCUUGAGGGAGGUAUGAAGGCUAUCUCAGCUGCACUGCGGGAUGAGUAG